AUGCUUUCCUUUAACCACACCGGGGUCAGCCACACCGUCUUCUACUUGCUGGGCAUCCCCGGCCUCGAGGACCAGCACCUGUGGAUUUCCAUCCCCUUCUUCAUUUCCUACGCCACCGCCCUGCUUGGGAACAGCCUGCUCAUCUCCAUCAUCCUCACGAGGCGCAGCCUGCAUGAACCCAUGUUCCUGUUCCUGGGCAUGCUGGCCGGGGCCGACCUGGUCCUGUCCACCUGCACAGUGCCUCAGGCCCUGGCCAUCUUCUGGUUCCGUGCUGGGGAGAUCUCCCUGGAUCGCUGCAUCACUCAGCUCUUCUUCAUCCAUUCCACCUUCAUCUCUGAGUCAGGCAUCCUGCUGGUGAUGGCGUUUGACCGCUACGUUGCCAUAUGCCACCCUCUGAGAUACACCACUAUUCUGACACACACGCUGAUUGGGAAGAUUGGAGUAACUAUCUUUCUGAGAAGUUAUUGUACCCUUUUCCCCAUCAUAUUUCUUUUGAAAAGACUAACUUUUUGCAGAAAUAACGUUCUUCCACACACUGGUUGUGAGCACAUUGGCUUGGCCAAAUUUUCCUGUGAUGACAUUCGAGUGAACAUCUGGUAUGGGUUUUUUGUCCUAAUGUCAACAGUGGUCUUAGAUGUUGUGCUCAUUUUCACUUCAUAUGUGCUGAUUCUCCGUGCUGUCCUCCGCAUCCCUUCCCAAGAUGCUCGUCACAAAGCUCUCAACACAUGCGGCUCCCACGUCUGUGUCAUCAUCCUCUUUUAUGGGCCCGGGAUCUUCUCAGUCCUCACUCAGCGGUUUGGGCACCACAUCCCACCCCAUAUCCACAUCUUACUAGCCAAUGUCUGCAUUGUGGCUCCUCCUGUGCUGAAUCCCAUCAUUUACGGGAUCAAAACCAAACAGAUCCGGGACCAGGUGACCCAUCUCUUGUUUCCAAAAAAGAUAUGA